GCGCCGCGCAUCACGGGGCGUUAGUCGCAACUACCCAAAGUAGGCGCCCCGCGCUGCCCGCUCACUGCCCGGCCCCGGCGGAGGGAUGCCAGGAGGAGACAUGGCAAAACCACUCCUAGGUCGCCGGAAUAUGGAGAGCAAUCCAGAUCUCGCCCCGGCUGCUGGCCGAACCGUAGGGAUCCUGGGAAGUGGAGACUUUGCACGCUCGUUGGCUACACGUCUGGUGUACUCGGGUUUCCAGGUGGUGGUCGGAAGCCGCAAUCCAAAGCGCUGCGCGGGCCUCUUUCCUUCAGCAGCUGAAGUAACUGCCCAGGCAGAUGCUGCAAAGAAGACGGAUGUUAUUUUUGUGGCCGUUUUCAGGGAACAUUACUCCACGCUCUGUGACCUGACGGAUGUGCUGGCUGGCAAAAUACUGGUGGAUGUCAGCAACAACACUGAAAUUAACCAUCACAAAGAAUCAAAUGCCAAGUACUUGGCUUCUCUUUUCCCAGCCUGCACUGUCGUCAAAGGAUUUAACGUGCUAUCCGCAUGGACCUUACAAUCAGGUCCCAGAGACGGGAAUAAGCAGGUCUUGAUUUGCUGUGAUAAUCAAGAAGCCAAGCGUAUAGUCGCUGAAAUUGCUCAAGUCAUGGGGUUCACCCCUGUGGACAUGGGCUCCUUGUCUUCAGCCUGCGAGAUCGAGAACAUUCCCCUGCGCCUCCUCCCAGCUUGGAAAAUCCCUGUCUUUUUGGCCCUGGGUCUCUUUCUCUGUUUCUACACUUACAACUUCAUCAGACAAGUCUUACACCCUUACAUCCGGGAGCAGAAAAACAAGUUCUACAAGAUCCCAGUGGAGGUGGUCAAUAGCACACUGCCCUGCGUAGCCUACGUCAUGCUCUCACUCGUUUAUCUACCCGGGGUCCUGGCCGCCUCUUUCCAGCUGCACUAUGGCACAAAGUACAGACGCUUUCCAGACUGGCUAGACCAGUGGCUGCAGCACAGAAAGCAGAUUGGUCUUCUGAGUUUCUUUUGCGCAGCCUUGCAUGCCGUGUACAGCCUCUGCUUGCCCAUGCGCCGAUCUCAUCGGUAUCAGUUAAUCAACGCAGCUGUCAAGCAGGUCAUGGAGAAGACUGAUGCCUGGAUCGAGGAGGAGGUCUGGAGAAUGGAGAUUUACGUCUCUUUUGGAAUAAUGGCCCUAGGCCUACUGUCAUUACUUGCCAUAACUUCACUUCCCUCCAUCGCAAACUCUCUCAACUGGAGGGAAUUCAGUUUCAUUCAGUCCACCCUUGGAUUUAUUGCCCUGGUAGUCAGCACCCUACACACCCUCACCUUUGGAUGGACAAGGGCCUUUGAUGAAAACCAAUACAAAUUCUAUCUGCCGCCAAGUUACACACUCACACUACUGGUACCAUGUACUGUGAUCUUAGCGAAAAUAUUCUUCCAUUUGCCCUGUAUCCACCAAAGACUGCGGCGCAUUCGGAACGGCUGGGAAAAGGGAAGGUACGUGAAAUUCACACUGCCCAGUGCAACUGGUGAAUAUUCAAGCGGAGAAAGUUCCAGUAAUGUGUAGCAGAGCAUCUCUUAUUGAUGGAGAAUUUCAAAGCACUAUGAAGAUUUCUUGAGGUUUUUCAUAAUUGUGUAUGUUUGGUAUAAUUGCCUUGUGGGUUGAUAUUCAUAGUUGGUGACUUUAGAAAAUCAGUUACUGUUAAAUUAGUUUGCGCAGUAAUAUUUAAAAUAUAUUGCUGAUUUGCUAGCAUGAUUGUUGCCUUAAAAAAUCAUCAUGACAUUUGAGAGAGCAGCUGUAAAUAUAUGUAGAAAACAAAUGGAAUUCUAUGGGUCGUAUUGGUCGAUUGAGACAGUAGCUGGUGGUACUCUGUACUGACGCUUCUCUGUUGGGGCCCCAGCUGCUCUCUUUUUUAAAUAGCAGGGGGGACAAUUUGUAUCCCAUAUGAUUAUGAAGAAAUCCUUCUGCAUGUGUCACCUGAUGGACCAUCUGAAUCUGCUGCUAAACCAAAACAAUGGUUCUGAGCAGUGUGAGCAGUCCCUGGGGUUCUUCCACAUGGGAAGUUGACUCUGAAGCUGAGUGAGGGCAGUAUAAAUCUCAGCACAAACUACUUAACUCCUGCCACCAUAGCAGAAACAUCCAGUGACUUGGAGAACUGUGGGAUGUGUUUCCAAACCUGACCCCCGGACACAACAAAUUGGAUGGCACAUCUCAGUAUUCACGACUUUCUCAAAUGUGGACAGUGCAUUUUUUGGUCUUGUAGAUGUGGGCGAUGCAUGUGCAUAUUUGUACCGUUGGAAGAGUUGAUUUAUUUCCAAAGGUUAUAAUAGAUUUUGAAGACAGCGCCGUGCCUGAAGUGCAUUUACACCUUAGCAUAAUCCGCAGUGGUCAUUGCGACCACACGUUCUCAGCGAUGUGAAACCAAAGUUUAGUGCAUCCCCUAAUGGAAGGAGUGUAAAGAUAACCUCCAAAAGGACUCGCAGCUUCAUGAUAUUGACUCUGGGCAUUGGGGAAAUGACAGCUGCCAGCUGAAUUAGCAGUGAAUAAUGGGGCGACGCUGUGUGAAACUACUCUGAUUAAACUCAAAUCCACGUGCCCAACUACAUCUACAACAACAACUAUCAGGUGCAUUUGUUUCACCACCAGCAAUGACACAUCUCCCUCUCUGUGACAGAUCCAGUACCUCCAGAAAAUGGAACUUUACAUCUGUGAACAUUCUCACAAAGGCUAAAACUCAUCUGUCUCUGACCAAGUCUCAGUCAUGGAAUGGACACCAACGCAGCUACACGUUAUGGGCCUGAUUCUCCAGCGCCUUGCACCUUCAAGAGUCAUUUACUCAGCUACAAAGUGAGUAUCAUACACUGGCAUCAUACACAGUUACAUGCCGCCAUGUGUAUCAUCUCUGGCACCCUGCGACCAACUCCACUCCCAUGGCUUCCAGUUCUGAGCAAUAUUGCUCCUCCUCCUAUCAGACGAGAGGUUACCACUGGCAGGUUACUGGAGAAAGUACACGCCAACUCAAGCCUGCCGCUGCACAAUGACCUUUUCAAACCACCAGCUGCACGUUUGCCGUCACGUCACCCAUUAUGGUCUCAUCUGCCACGUCAGGAUGUUAGAGCGGAAACGUUCUGGUGAGAGGAAUGGAUAUCUGUUCUAAUCCCCAACCAGUCCCUUGUCGCCAACCCCACAAUUUGCCUGCUUGGUUUUGACCUGCCCCGUCGCCAAUGGUCCCUGUUGAACAGGUUCCAGACCAGGCAAGGUGUCUGUGCAGCCAACCAGUAUCGCUGGGGCCUUCGGAACAGCCCUUUGUGCAGCUGCGGCACAACACAGACAAUGCCGCACAUUGUCGAGGAAUGCCUCCUGACUAGGGUCAACGGUGGCCUAGAAGAACUGCAUCACGCCACUGAAGAUGCCAUCGCUUGGCUAGAUGACUAUGCACACGCUAAAUAAAAAUACUAGCAUCGUUUGGCAGAACUUCUCACUUACUUGGCACAGGGGUGAAUGAUGCCCACACUCUGUGCAAGGCAGUGGAGAAUCAGACUCUAUAUUUGUUUUUAUCACAACGAUUGUUCAGACUGUCCACAGUCUAAAUUAAUACACCAUUCUUGAUUGAAAACAAACCAAUGUCGUAGCUGCUUUACAACACAUACAAAUCCACAGUCUUUGCCCCAUAGAGAUUACAACUUGUCUGUCUACGACGACUGCCAUGCUUUACAACAGAUCCUUUAAAAAGGAGAAUCAAGAGGAAAUAGAAGAAUUACAUCAAAGUAAGAUGUUAGGAUCUGGUUGUAAUAGCCUUGUUUCCUACAACGGAGUAAAGUACACAAGUUGCUGUUGGACAGUGCCUUGAAGAUAUGACAGGUGUCAAUACCUGAAUCACCAGAGAAUUUUUAAAAGUUGCUGCUGAUCAGAACUUGCUGUUCAGCCUUAAAUUGUUGGGGAGAGUAAGACUUACAAGCUGCUACUAAUAGUCCCCCGAUGAUAUUCAGGUAUUUCUGCUGUUGUGUAAGAAUCACCCUGGAAUCUCAAAACACCAUGUCUUCCUGCUAAAUAAAAGGAAAUCAAGACAAGAGUCAGUGUGCUGGAUUUCACAAUCACAUGAUAAUUCCUUCAAUAAGAAGGGAGUUAUUAUGUGUCCCUGUUGUGCCUUUCAGGGCAGGGAGAAUUAUCGAGAACCCCUCCAUGCCCAGAUCAUUAUCUGCUAACAUUACUCACAAAGCAGAUAGAUUUGACAAUAAUAUGUGCAACUGAAUGGCAAAUUACAGCUUCUGCGAGAGGUCUGAGCCAAAAUCACCUCUGGUGUAAUUCCAUCCACUUCAAUUUAACUCCUGGAAGUGAAUUUGAAUUCAGUCCACUUACUCAUUCCAGUCUCCUGCUGUAUUUCAUCAUCAGGCAAAGCCAACAUAAAAUCACUAGUUUUCACAUUUUCUGGCUAAGGUAAAGAAUCCUGAUUCUGAUGCUUAAUCUCACAUCUGUGCUUCCUCUCACUCCUCUGCAGCAGGCAACCUGGUAGACUGCUACACUGUUAGCAAAAAAAGAGGAGGGGGAGAGAAAGUUGCAUGAGCCUUAGGCUUUGUCUUCAGUGUGUGUUUAAAAAAAACAAAAAAAACUUUUUUUUUUUAUAUCAAGAUAACUUUUGCACUGAGACAUAGGGUUUGACAUCAGCAGGACCACUCACAGAGCAAGAAGUGGUAGGGCUGAACCUGUAGAGUCAGGGGUAGUCAAUAGGUGGGCCGUGGGCCAAAUCCGGACCACCAGUCACUUUUGAUUGAACCCCAAAAUAUUUGUAUUUACUUAUUAUCGUUAUUGUUGGGCUUCUUAUUAUUUUCUUUGGAGUCUGGAUCUUGCCUAUACCUUGACCAAGAAAUUUGGACCUUGACAAAAAAUAAAAUUGACUACCCCGGGACCAAUUUCUCUACCUACAGAACGUAAGUCCUAACUCGUGCAACUUUCAGAAUGGCUCUACCCUUUGGGGUCUAUAUCCUAAAUCCUUGAUACUAAAAUUUUGAAUAAUUUAUUCUGAUUUUGUAGAAAUAAUAAUUUUUAAAAAGUGUUAAGAAAACUUUGGAAAUGCUCUUUGCCUUUUUAACUUCUUUCCCCACUGCAUUAUUUGAUGUAGCUAGGGGGUUGAGGAAUGUUAGCUUAAACAUUUCCUUGUUACUGUUAUUACUUUUGUACUUGGUGUUUGUAUAUUUGUUGCAAGAUUUAUAGCUGAAAUGGCAAGCUGUUUGUAUUUUUAUUUUCUGUUUUGCUUACUUUGUGCCUUUGGGGUAUAAGAACCUAUUGUAAAGCUGUGAGAACAGGGCCAGUUUUAAUCCUCUUUCAUCGUUGGCCUCUUAGUCUUACAAUUAUAGCUCUAUAAAGCUAGAAUGAAUGUGCCUGUAUAAUGGCAUCAUUACUCACUCAAUCUUGUGUGCUGUCUCUUUUUCUAUAGACAAUACAAUGUUAAUCUAAAGUAUCUUUCUAUUAAAUAAAGCUAUCAAUAAAGCCA